UUGCAAGUGCCGGGGCCUAACGUGGUAGUUUCCUCUGUAGGGAAAGAACUGAAGCUUUAUCGUGACGUAUGAGAACAACAUCGAUCUUGAACGACAAGUGACCGAAGUGGCCACCAACGUCACAGUAAUUAUAAUGUUUUUUCCACAUAGAUCCGAUGCGUCUAGGGCAGCAUAAAUAAUUUCGUCAUCACAUAGUUCAUAGCAUAUAGUUUGCACACCUGCGCCUACUCGAUCUCGUCAACAUAAUUAUCUAGCAUAGUACAGCUUGAAAGAUGCCGACUAUUCAAAAAUUGAACACUGGUGCCUCCAUCCCCGCCAUUGGCUUCGGCACUUGGCAGGACAAGGAAGAGCAAGAGAAUGCUGUUCUUGAGGCACUGAAAGCUGGCUACAAGCACAUUGACACAGCACACAUCUACGGCACUGAACCUGCAGUUGCAAAAGCCAUCAAAAGAUCCGGAGUAGACCGCAAAACCCUCUUCAUCACCACCAAGCUCUGGAACAACGCCCACGCACCAGAGGAUGUCGAACCAGCUCUCAAUGACUCUCUUAAAGCCCUGCAGACCGACUAUGUCGAUCUCUACUUGAUGCAUUGGCCCGCGGCCUUCAAAUCCGGCACUGAGCUGAUGCCAAAGGACGCGAAUGGAAAAAUGGAGACGGCGAAUAUCGACUACCUCGAUACGUGGAAGGCGAUGGAGAAACUGCUCGAGACGGGCAAGGUGAAGGCGAUUGGGGUGUGCAACUUCAAUAUGACUGAGAUCGAGAGGAUUUUCAAGGAGGGAAAGGUCCCACCGGCUAUGCAUCAGGUGGAGAUGCAUCCGUGGCUGCAGCAGACUGAGUUUGUAGAGUGGCACAAGACGAAGGGUAUCCAUAUGACGCAGUACUCGCCGUUUGGAAACCUAAACCAGACCUACGAUGCUGGGAAGAACUUGGGCAAGCUGACGGAAGAGCCUGUUCUCGUGGAGAUUGGCAAGAAGUACGGGAAGAGUGGCGCACAAGUUGCUCUUGCCUGGGGUGUUGCUCAUGGCAGGUGUGUGGUGCCGAAGAGCAAGACUGCUCAGCGGAUUAAGGAUAAUUUGGAAGGGGACUUUAAGCUGAAGGAUGAGGACGUCAAGAAGAUUGAUGGAUUGGAUAAGAAGCUGAGAUUCAAUGACCCAUCUGAAUCAUUUGGAUAUAACUUCCACGUUGGCCUGGAUGGGAAAAAAUAAGAUAGUUAUUAAGUUUGUAAUGUAUUGUGC